UCUCGCUCCCCUGACCGCUGGCGGGCGGCGAGCCGAGCCCUGCCGAACCCAGCCGAGCCCUGCCGAACGCUGCCGAACCCAGGCGAGCUGUGCCGAACCCAGCCGAACCGUGCCGAGCAGUGCCGAACCCAGCCGAACCCCGCCGUGGUUUAAACCGAGCUCGCGCGCCACGCUGGGCUCUGCGCGUGCGCGGCCGUUGAACGGUCACAGCGCCGGCGGAGGAGGAGCCCAGGGGGAGCCCGCGGAGAGGCUCCGCGCCCCUCUCAGUGCCCCCUCAGGCCCUUCCUCCUCCUCCUCCUCCUCCUCCUCCUCCUCCUCGGUCCCCGGGCUGCCCCCGGGGCUGGCGGCUUCUCGGUGAGCGCCCGGGAAGGGAGCCCUGAGGAGAUCCCCAGCAUGUACACCUCAAAACUCUGAACCAAAGCAAUACAAAGUUGUCUAGAACUUCUCUGUGUGCCCUAAACCUUGUAAGAAAUCUCAACAUGCUGUUCAUUCAGGGAUUCUGAACACUUUGGACAAAUAGAAAUGACUACCCCAAACAAGACACCACCUGGUGCUGAUCCAAAGCAAUUGGAGAGGACUGGUACUGUUAGAGAAAUAGGAUCACAAGCAGUUUGGUCACUUUCAUCUUGUAAACCAGGAUUUGGAGUGGAUCAGUUAAGAGAUGAUAAUCUAGAAACUUACUGGCAGUCAGAUGGAUCGCAGCCUCAUUUGGUGAACAUCCAGUUUAGGAGAAAAACAACAGUGAAGACCUUAUGUAUUUAUGCAGACUACAAAUCUGAUGAAAGUUACACUCCAAGCAAAAUCUCUGUCAGAGUAGGAAAUAACUUUCAUAAUCUCCAGGAAAUUCGGCAACUUGAAUUAGUGGAACCAAGCGGCUGGAUUCAUGUUCCUUUAACAGAUACCCAUAAGAAGCCUAUUCGCACAUUUAUGAUUCAGAUUGCUGUUCUAGCUAAUCACCAAAAUGGAAGAGACACUCACAUGAGACAAAUCAAAGUGUAUACCCCAGUGGAAGAGAGCUCUAUUGGUAAAUUCCCUAGAUGUACAACAAUUGAUUUCAUGAUGUAUCGCUCCAUAAGGUAAAACUUCAUAACUGGAGAUAAUAAAGGCAUUUUUCUGAUGGCAGUAUUGUUGUUUAAAUACUCAAAUACUUUUUUUUAAAGGUUUAUCUUGGUGUAAUAUAUCUUUACAUUUAUACUUUGUACAGUCCUGAAAUAAAGAAAAUAUUGUGUUACUGUA